UCCUCUUGGCCCCUGAUAAUAACCACACUGGGGUAGAGAGGACCAGGGAGGUAAUGGGAAAUGUCCCUGGUGCUGGAGAGAAUCCUGCUGCGGAUAGGAUCUUUGCCAGGGGGUGAAGACAGCUAGACGUCAGUGAGACAGUCCAGCAGGCACCGGGCAAAGGAGCUGCUAGAACAAUGCUGAGGUGGGCGAGGUGAGAAGCAGCCCUCGGGGCAGCCCCGACGGAGUAUCUCGAACAGGUGAUCGGAGGAGCCAGAAACCAAGGCCACCUGGACAUCCUUCCCCUCCGCUAGCCUCAGCCGGCCAGCAGAGCCCCCACAGUGGGGAAGCCAUGGCGACCAAUUUCAACGACAUUGUCAAGCAAGGCUACGUGAAGAUGAAGAGCAGGAAGCUUGGGAUCUACAGGAGGUGCUGGCUGGUGUUCCGGAAGUCCUCCAGCAAGGGACCCCAGCGGCUGGAGAAGUAUCCAGAUGAGAAGUCAGUGUGCCUCCGAGGCUGCCCCAAGGUGACGGAGAUCAGCAAUGUCAAGUGUGUCACUCGGCUCCCCAAGGAGACCAAGAGGCAGGCGGUAGCCAUCAUAUUCACCGAUGACUCAGCACGUACCUUCACCUGCGACUCAGAGCUGGAAGCAGAGGAGUGGUACAAGACACUGUCUGUGGAGUGUCUGGGGUCGAGGCUCAACGAUAUCAGUCUGGGAGAGCCAGACCUCCUGGCCCCAGGAGUGCAGUGUGAGCAGACAGAUCGCUUCAACGUCUUCCUGCUGCCCUGCCCCAACCUGGAUGUGUAUGGCGAGUGCAAGCUGCAGAUCACCCACGAGAACAUCUACCUCUGGGACAUACACAACCCCCGCGUGAAGCUCGUCUCGUGGCCCCUCUGCUCAUUGCGCCGCUAUGGCCGGGAUGCCACACGCUUUACCUUUGAGGCUGGCCGGAUGUGUGACGCUGGGGAAGGGCUCUACACCUUCCAGACGCAGGAGGGGGAACAGAUUUACCAGCGGGUCCACAGUGCCACCCUGGCCAUCGCUGAGCAGCACAAGCGGGUCCUGCUGGAAAUGGAGAAGAAUGUGAGGCUGCUGAACAAGGGCACGGAACAUUACUCAUACCCCUGCACGCCCACUACCAUGCUGCCCCGCAGUGCCUACUGGCACCACAUCACAGGUUCCCAGAACAUUGCUGAGGCCUCCAGUUAUGCCAGUGAGUCGCUGCUGUGCCCCACACCCACCUGCCAGGAGGCUCUGUGGAGGACAAGGUAUACUGGCCAGGGGUCUUUUGACCUGGGCCUAAGUCCUGAGCCUGCCUCUGUAUCCACAGGUGAGGGGUAUGGGGCAGCCCAGGCCAGCUCAGAAACGGACCUCCUCAACAGAUUCAUCCUGCUAAAGCCAAAGCCCAGCCAAGGGGACAGCAGUGAGGCCAAGACGCCAUCCCAGUGACUGCAGAGCUGGCGUGCACAGAUGACUCCUGAGGCUGCCUGCUGUGGGGCUGCCUGCAGCAUAUUGUGGACGGCCUGGAGGGGCUGUUGGCCAAGAGCCUGGAGAAAGGGAGCAAGCUGUCCCUUCUUUGUCCCCAGAGGUGAGGCUGGACCAAAGCAAAGGGCUGGCCACACCACCUGAGCAUGUGUGAGGGGCUGGAGCUACCAUGGGACUAUAUACUGUUAAUGAUUUUAAUAUAUAUGGCUUAUUAACAUAUUCUGUAUUAAUAAGGUUUCCUCCGUCCCUCCCUGCCACCACAUACACAUUUUUUUAAUCCCAUGACCAGCCACAGUCAAGGCUGUUUUUGAAUGUGAGGGCAGCUGUCUCCCUGUCCUCCAAGGAACCAGCCCUCCUGCUUCCAGGGCCAGAGGAAGGAGACAAGCAGCACUCACAGCUGGUGCUCUGACUGCUGGCUUUUCGCAAGCAGCCCAGGGACGGAGGUGGCAGGUGGCUUCUCAGUCCCUCUGGGCCUAGAGUGGCACAGGAAGGACUCAAACUUACACUGUGCCACUUGGUAGCCUUGCACUUGGAGUUUUAAGCAGAGGUGACAUCUGGUUUUAAAAUGGUUUCUGCCCAGGCUCCUUCCUGCUUAGUAGGUUGAGAAGACACCCCGGUGUGAGGGUGCUGGUUACCUCAGCCAAGGGGAGGAUGGCCGGUACGGAGCGCUUUCCUGCCCCAGGGCCAGGCCAGCAGGAAGGCUGCUACAGGACUGCUUGGGGGGGAGCACCCUGCUGCCCUCUCUCACUGACCAGGAGUGGGCAGUGCCUCCACAGAGGGAGCUCCUCUGCCCUGUCUGGCCUCCCUCCGGCCAGCUAAAAGCACUCAGAAACCAAGACCUUCCCAUUUCUUCCUCCCCACAUGGUGCUGAGGCUCCCUGCUGAAAUGCAAUUAAAGCAAUUGAUUUUCUAGUGCUGGUAUUUAUUGACUACCGUGCAGAAGGGCUAUCUUUCUAUUCACAUCAAACCUUUGGUUGUGUGUGUGUUGGGUUUUUUUGUUUGUUUAAUAUUCUAGGGUUCUGAUUUGUGGGAACAGACCUUGUUGUAAAUAACUACUAUUCAAGUUGUGGCAGGAGGAGGAUAAGGCAAGAGGCCCCCCUCCAGCAGAGCCCUGGAGUCAGGGAGGUGGCCACGGCCAACUCUGAACCCGACCCAGGGAAUGACCACCCCGAGGAAUAAGCCAGCCUGAAGAAGGGAGCCAGGGCCAAGGGCCAUGGAGAGGGAGGCAGAGCUGGCUGGCUCCGCUAGUGGCACGAUGACGCAUGAAAGAGAUGAUGUUGUGCUCUUUAUUGCCAAAAAUAAAAACUUUUAAAAGACAA